GUUGGCAACAGUAGCUAAGUCAGAAACAGUCAAAAAUGAUGUCUGAAAACAGCUGCACACUUUAAACGGUUUUGGCGGUCAGGUGAAAGGAAAUUGUAAUGUUUAUGUAGCUUUUUUUACACUUUAUCAUGUAUGUGCUCGAUCUGAAGAAGGAGUUUUACGAGUUCUUGGCUGGAAAAAGAAUAUUUCUGAUUGUGCACUAUGAUAUUGAUGGUAUCUGUGCCUGCAAGAUUCUCCAGUCGUUGCUGAAAUAUCGCAACAUCCUGUACACUCUGGCAAUUGUCCGGGGCAGAGCGGAGAUAAAACAGGCCUACAUCGAGAACAGCGAGGAUGUGAAGUACUUUGUGUUAAUCAACUGCGGGGGCACCAUAGAUAUUGCAGAGGAAUUGGAGGCUGAUGAUAAUAUCACGUUUUUUAUACUGGACAGCCACCGGCCGAUAGAUUUAUGUAAUAUUUACUCCACUGAACAGGUCAGGCUGUUGAGUGGGCCUGAAGAGGAAGCACUUGUACCUGAAUUUGAUCAUAUUUUUCGCGAUGAGUCUGACUCUGAAGCCUCAAAUGAAGAAUCAGAAGAUAGUGAUGGAGGCAACCGAGCGGCGAAAAGGAGAAGGCUAGGCGAAGAGCAAAUAAUGAAGCGACGAGAGAAAAGACUGUGGGAGGAGAACAAAAACAGAUUACUAUUCGAAUACUCUCAGUUCACCUACUAUUCAAAGGCUAGUGCCAUAUUCAUGUUUGAUUUCGCGUGGAAAUUGAACAAGGACGACAAGGAGCUGCUCUGGCUAGCCAUCGUGGCCCUAACAGAGCAAAUGCUAUCAGGGAAAAUUGACAACACCCAAUACACUCUGGAAAUAGAAAGUCUCAGGGCCCACUGCAAACGGCUGCAAAACAAAACAAGCGACACCGACGUGCAGACAUCACUGAAAAUCGUAUUUGAAAAAGACUUAAAGUUAGCCCUCUACAGGCAUUGGACAGUGGAGCAUAGUUUAAAAUAUUCAAUGUUCACUGCUGUGCGCUUAAAGCUUUGGACACUGAAGGGCGAUAUGAAAAUACAUCAGCUCCUAGCAGACAUGGGCCUACCACUGGUGCAGAGCAGACAACACUUCAAGUCAAUGGACUUGCAGUUGAGGAAAGAAUUCCAUGGCUCCGUGGAGAAGUUGGCCGAAAAAUACAACCUGCAGGAUAUAGAGUUUGCGUCGUUCAUCCUGCAGUAUGGUUUCAGGAAUAAGUUUUGCGCCUCCGAUAUAGUGUAUGCGCUUUUGGCGAUUUUGGAAGCGUCACCUAGAGAUAAGAAGCCGGAAGAGCUGUUCAAUCAGGCGUUGGACUGUCUGUCGCGGUCGAAAGUCGAAGUGAUGAACAAUGCAAUGGAACGCGCCAAAAACAUAGCCAAGACGCUGUUCAAGACUGUUCAGAGUGCGGUGGACAUGAAGCAGAUUAUCACAGCAGGGCCAUUUGUCUACUAUAUUAUACGAGAGGGCUGUCUGGACUGGUACAUGUUCUCCCAUCUGCAUAUACUGGCUCUAUUGGCUCAAUUCAUCUUAAAGGCUUACGUGUCGAUGUCCAGGAAUAGGAAAGCUUCAACACUGCCCCUUAUAGUGUCGGCGCCUAAAGAUUUAGAGCGCGGAACGUGUUUGCUGUUAGGGAUUCCUCCGGUUUGCGAAAAUUCGCCUCGAAAUUUUUUUGGGAAAGCGUUUGAGCAAGCGGCCGACAAAAUGAAAUGUGAAGUAAACUGUGAUUACUUAGAUACAUCAUAUAUAGAGCUUCGCACCGAAGAUAGGACGAGAUUCUUUGAUGCGCUGGCCGCAUUAUUGAAUUGAUUUUCAUUAACUGUGUUCUCCAUGUUGGUGAUUAGACGAUAAAACUGAAACCGUUCCAUUAGCAGGGGAAAUUGUAUUUAUUCAAGUAGGUAAUUUUAGGUCUCAUCUCAGUUGAUCACUGCAAUCACUAGCUAGGAAUAUUCAACGUAUUUUUUCAUUAGUCGACACUUGUGGAAGUGAAUGGUUUAUUUGAUUUUUUGUUUGAAGACAGUAAAUGCAUUUUUUAUUGAAGAAGUUUUAUAGUCAUUCACUUAAAUAAAUUCAACAUUUUCACAGGUCGGCGUUGUAUGAAGACAAUUUAAAUGAUUCGUUUUGUGAAUCGCUCAAAUAUGUAAAUAGUUUUAGUCCUGCAAAGGUUGUAAAAAUUACUUUAAGCAAUACAAUUUUUUAUUGAAUGUG